GAGAGAGCAGGAGAAAACAAAGGGAGGGAGGGAGUGGGAUAUUUCUGAGCUCAGGGCCGGGGAUUAAACGGUCGAGAACAGUCCCAAUACGAUGACAGUACGCACCACACAGUCCGGGACACGUAUUCUACCGAUUCCGACAAGCUAUUCUGUCAUCUCUCUUUAGUCACUUCAUUGGGCCCUCCCGGUUCACAACCCCGGUCUGUCUCUUUCUGUAGAACACGAGGUGACUACGGGUAUUAAAAAUUCUGAUUGGGUCUGAUGAUCACAAGGGCCCUCCUCCACCUCUUCUCGGCUAAUCCCGAUGGGACUCCGGAGCUGAUGUCACAGAAGGCAAGAGGGUUUUCCUGUUCGGGAAUCCAGAAGAGACAAUCCAUACCACGUUAAAUGGAGGAGAAGGAGAGGAGUAGGAGCCGGUCUCCUUCUCGUAGCCGUAGGGCCAGCCGGGUGCAGCAGGUGGUGGGGACGUUAAUCAGACGCACCCGAGAAUCACUAAGCAGAGAGCGGAUCCUUGGCGAUGGGAGGUCCAACCGCUCAGGCAGCGUGUCCAGUCAGAACUUCCCGGUGAGGCUAACGGUUCAGAUCAUCAGAGACCCGGUGUUGGACUCCAGAGGUCAUGGGUUCACCUUCUCCAAACAGCACCCCCUGCUGGUCAGGGACGUGUCUACAGGUGGCCCAGCGGAUGGCAUACUGUACCCUGGAGACCAGGUGUUACAGAUCAAUGACCUGCUGGCAGAUGAUCUCAGCAAUGAACAGCUGCAAGACGUCACCAGGGACUUGGAGGACUCUGUCACAAUGACAAUCUUAAGGCACAUGACAGGUCCUAAGUCGUCCAUCAUGUCGGCGGAGAAGAGGGCUCGUCUGAGGAGUAACCCGAUCAAAGUGCGCUUCGCAGAGGAAGUGGUCGUUAACGGUCACACUCAGGGAAACUCUCUUCUGUUCCUGCCCAACGUUCUGAAGGUCUACCUGGAGAACGGACAGACUAAGGCCUUCAAGUUCGACGCUACCACCACCAUCAAGGACAUCGUUCUGACUCUGAAGGACAAGUUGUCCAUCUGCUGUAUUGAGUACUUUGCUCUGGUGCUGGAACAGCAGUAUAGCAUUACCAAGCUACUGCUCCUACACGAGGACGAGCUUAUACACAAGGUGGUGCAGAAGAAGGAGAACAGCAGCCAUGACUACAAGUGUCUGUUCAGGGUGUGUUUCAUUCCCAGAGACCCCCUGGAGCUGCUACAGGAAGACCCCACCGCCUUCGACUACCUCUUCCUCCAGAGCGUCGGGGACGUUCUACAGGAGAGGUUUGCGGUGGAGAUGAAGUGUAACACCGCACUGCGUCUGGCUGCCCUGCACAUGCACGAGAGACUGAACAGUAUAGGCUCCACCCGGACCUCUAUCAAGAGCAUCACGAAAGAGUUUGGUCUGGAAUGCUUCAUCUCUCCCACUCUGCUCAGUAACAUGAGAGAGAAGGACCUGAGGAAAGCCAUCAGCUACCACCUCAAGAAGAUCCACUCACUGCUGGAGCCACGACAGAAGGUUAUCUCAGCCACUCAGGCCCGGCUGGCCUACCUCACCCAGCUUGGAGAACUAAUCUCCUACGGAGGCCGCUCCUAUACAGCCACCAUGAUGUUGCAGGACCGGGAGGUACUGGUCAGUCUGUUGGUGGGGGCACGCUACGGCCUGAGUCAGGUGGUCAACCACAAGCUCAACAUGGUGUCCACACUGGUAGACUUCAGCAGCAUCAGUAGAGUGGAGCUGCUCUCUGAGUCGGACAGAGUCAGCCUGCUACGUAUCUCACUGCACGACAUCAAGCCUUUUGCCUUACUGAUGGACUCUCUGGCAGCCAAAGACUUGGCGUGUCUACUGGGGGGCUAUUGCAAGCUCCUGGUGGACCCCAGAGUGUGUGUGUUCCGUCUGAGACGCCCCAAGGUGCGGGUGCACAGGAUACCUGCUGAGGAAGGUGUGUGUGAAGGGAGGUUCGCCGUUAUAGAGGGAGUUUGCUAUGAAUCGCUGACAAGCUAUGUGUCCCGCUGCUGUAGUGACUCCGAUGACUCGUCAGACGAGGACUACCCCACCGAGCCUCCACCAACUCACACCCGCAAACGCCCCGCACCUGCCAGCAAAGACAGGGAGGGGUGGAGGAGUGAAGAAGAGGAGCAGAGAGGAGCGGAGGGAAAGAAAGAGAGAGCUGGGAAAGAAUACGAAGAGAAACAAGAAGUGACGAUCAUUGAGCUGUCAGAGAAGGACAUGGAGGUAGAGGAAGAGAACGGAAGGGAAGUGAGAGGAAGAGAGAUCAUGCUAGGAAUUAAAGCUAACGCAGGAACAGUGGAACAGGACAACUGGUACCACACAGACCCGCGGGUCAACAGUAGCUUCUCCAGCCUGUCCAGUGGCUCUCUGAAGGUGGCCUUGGAGGAGAGCAGCGCUGCAGCUGCAGCCAGAGGAGGAGGCCCAGCCAAGGCCUCCUCUCGCUUGGUCGCCCUGCGUGAGGACAGCCCCUCUCUCCGGUCCCAACGGCCAACUCAGGGGACCACCACCCUGGAUGUCCACCACCCGUUCCUCCUGGAGGUCACAGCUCCCUCUCCUCAGCGUCAGAGAGAGGGCACCCCCGGCAGCACGGCCUCUGCCCCCGUACGCCCCACCAACCUGAGUUACCGCAGCAACGACAGCUCGUGCCUGUGCUUCACUGAACACUCCAAGGGCAGCUAUCUCCCCAGCCCCCUCGAGGCCACCAGCGACGAGGAGGAGACGGAGGAAGUUGACGAUGACGACGAUGAGGAGGAACUGAGACGGCUCUCUAAGAUCCCAAGUCACGUAGACCUGCGCCUCAUAGACAAGAUCUGCGCCCAGUCUAACAAAACUGCUUCCAACAACAAGUUAGACAUCCCCAUCCACAUCUCCUCCUGUGAAAAGAGGGCGGCUUGUAGCUCCACCCGCAAAGGGGAGGAGAGUCUAUCAAGACACUCCGGAGAUUCCGGUCCUUUCCUAACGCCGUCCCCUAACGCUCCUCCUCCUGUUGCUAGGGAAAGUGCCUCAGAGUCAGACGAUGAGUUCUUCGAUGCCCAGGAGCGGUUCACUCCUCCAGUUCCUCCUGAUGGCACAGAAAACAGUUUGGAUGUGGCUGACGAUAAUAGACCCAGUAAACGCUGGAGUGACACAGGAAAGGGACUGCUAGUGGUACCAGAGAGGGAGCCUCCCUCACCCCUCAAAAAGAAGCACUCCUCACCUGACCACAAGAAACAGCAGGAGACCCAACGAGACCCAAAGCUCCACUCAAACCAGUCUUCCAUGCAGAGUGUCGAUGCCAAGAUCAAACCACCAUUGGCCCCCAAGCCCCAGCUACCCCCAAAACCUGAACUGGCCCCGAAACCUGAACUGGCCCCCAAGCCCCAGAUAGACCCCCAGAGGUCUCCCAAGUGUGGGGGUCCGUACGCCCACUGUAACGGGGAUGCUCGUGGGGGCCACGCGGGGCUCUUGGAGAUAGACACCAUGGAGCCGGAAACGAUGGAGUUUAAAUCAGUCACCUCGGGGGCGGGGGGGCCUCCACUCUCCUCCCCCCUCAUCACGGCUGUACGGAAGAACCAGCAACCCCCUGCUGAACCUCAGGCUGUGGAGAACGGGCUCAGGCAAGAGAACGGGCCUAAGAUAGAGAACAGUUCUAAGCAAGAGCACAGUUCUAAGAUAGAGAACAGGACUCCUAACUUGCUUCCUAAAGAUUGUGUUCUGGUCACUGCUGACAAGCAGACAGCGAGGAUUGAAACUAAAACAAAUGGGAUUUCCCUGCCGAAGGGAGAGGUCCGAAAUGCGGUUGGGGUGGAACCCCCGAGAAAGCUGCAAAGCUUAUCCCCCAUUCCACGUUCAGCUUCAGGAGAUGAGAUCAGGUUGAGCCUUACCAGCCCUCCAUCGCUCUCUCCCAGAACCUCCCCUCCUUCUCUUCAUCCCCUAACAGUCCUCCCCAUCCCGGUCUCACCAAAGGAGAAAGAUGGGGUGUCCCCACCGAACGGCCUCCACCCCUGGGGCAGUCGCAAUGGGAGCGCUCAGUCCGGGAGGAGGGUCUCUCUGAGUCACGAGAACCUGUCCCCCAAAAACGCAGACGGCCCUCUCAGUCUGACCACCUCCCUCACCACCUCCUCUAAAGGGACAGCGGGAGGCCCAGAGAGCACAGGGAGGUCAGGGUCAGGUUCAGACCUGAGGGUCAGUUCUUCCAGCCUGGGGGGCCGUCUGCCUACCUCAGCCCUGAGAGGGCGGAUCCAGGCCCUGCCCUGGUACAUGACCCGCUCCCAGGAGAUCCUGGGCACCCUGGACUACCCCUCCACCAGCUCUGUCAACGAGGAUGUCACGUCCGGGUACGGCUCCGGUCUGUCGGUCAGCGGAGCCUCCGAGGUCAGCAAGGUCACUGCCAAGGCAGUAGGUGAGACUGCAGUGGGUAAAGGGAAAAAGGAAGUGCUGGAGGAUGGAGCCGAGGUCGUCAUAGCGACCAUCAAAGAGUUCCAGGAAGUGACUCCCCGUUUGAAGGAGGCCAAUGGGACGAACGUGUCGCACCCCAACCAGGCCCUGAGAGAAAAUGGGCCGCACGUCUCUGAGCCUUAUGGGUUUCUGGGCUCCUGCAAGUCGGAGCAGCCCCAGUCCAGGCCCCACUCAGAGGUGGGGUUAGGGGGUGGUUCAGGCCCACCCCUAGAGGGGGACUCUCUGGUGCACACCCCUCCACAGGCCCACCGCGAGGCGUGUGGGUGCCGCACCGUCUACGCCAACUGCUUCAGCGGCGACGUGGAGGAUGGCUGCGGCUUUGACGAGGAGCUCACAAUCUACGAGUUCUCCAAACGCACGCGCCCCAAACAAGCCCGCUCUACACCCCUGCCCUCCCCCACCUCCCCUGUCCCCUCCCCCAACAUCCUGUCCCUGCUGAGGGACACCCCUCGCCCUCUCUCUACCCUCUCCACUGCCUCCUCAGAAAUUAGCCCCCUCCUAUCCCGCCCUGUCUCCCCAACGCCCCCAAUAGGCGCCCUGCGCUCCCUCACCAACAAACGCUACGUGGGGCUGAAGGGGGGCUUUGCCUCCCUGAGGCAGGACAUCGAUCAGCUACGCCUGGUCCUGGAGAGAGGCACGACUGGGCCACCACCUUCAUCAGAACACUCUAAAACAGACCAGGAUGGGUGUGGAGAAGAGGGACCCAACCAAGACGUGGGGCAAGAGGAGGGUCCGACCCCAUGCUGUGGAGGGGCAAGUCCUCUACUCUUGACAGAGGCUGAGAGGAGUUUACUCCAGGCAGAGGCCCGGCGGUUGGCAACAGGGUGCCAGCGUGCCACACGUGUGGGCUGGGCUCCGGAGGAGGCGCUUCGGUCCUUAUCCAACAGCUUUAGUGCCCUUGUGCAGCUCUCUGCAGCCUGCCUGAGAACACACCCCUGUCCUGGCUGUGACAUCUGCCGCAAUAGGCGUCAGAUCCACAGCACUGAUGAUGAGGGCCAGGAGGAGGCUCUGGACAAGCUGAAGGAGAUCGUAGGGCUGUACCGGGAGUUUGUUGGGGCUGUGGAGAUGGCUGAAACCAGGGCUGGGGCUGGCAGUGGGACUGGGUCUGGGGAUGGACAGAGGCAGGGAGAGGGCGAGGGGGUGAGGCUGCUGGCCAAACGCUGCACGGUGCUCAUCUCUUCCGUCUUUGCGCUCACGCAGCUGUUCAGGAUGCACUCGCCGGACACGACAGACCUGCUGGGUCAAACACCUCUCCACUUUUGACCUCUGAACUUUUAAAACCCCUCCUCACCGCCAGGACGGAGGUGAGAUGAGGGGAGGACUUAGUAAGAGAAGGGAGGAGGAGGAAGGGCUGUUGACACGAUUCUUUAGCAAAGUGGGAUCUGGUGUGUGGCCCUACAUAUAGUUCAGUACAUACACACUUGUACAGUAAGUGCCAUGCACACCACAGCACACAGAAUAAACACACACACACACCAGACACAUCCAUAAAUGAUGAGAGGAACCUCUUCCACUGACUGCCAUUACUGCUAGGUCUCCCGAUAGACUCAUCUGGAUUAUGCAUUUGUACAUAGGUAUUUUAUAACUAUCUAUCUAUCUUAUUUUAUUAUUAUAUUCUGUAUGUGUAUGUAUGAAAUAUGUAUGUACGUAUUUAAGUAUGUUUGCACCAUGGUCUAUGAUGUGAAGGGACCUGCUGGUGUAAGACCCCGGUGGUUAUCACUGGAUUUUGUAUAUAUUGUUUUUGUCAUGUGUGAUUUUCUACCUCCACCCACUUCCCUUCCUCUGACCUGGUGUCUGCUGAGGAGACGAGAGAGCAUUACUUUAUCUUCUGCUUAUUUAAUGAUUCUGUGGAUCAAGUUAAAGUUCAAAUCUGUCAUUUAGAUUUGUCCAUUGGGAAAAAACUUUUUAGGUCUAACAGUAAAUCACUAACUUUUACAUUUGCCGAGACCCACCCCUUGAAGUUUACAAACAAAUGCAAAGGGAGAACUAUUGACCGUGAAAGAAAGUUACAUUUUGCAGAAGUUACAGAAAUUAACCCCGUGAAAAGUGUACACCGUUCCUGGCUCCUGACUGACUACUUGUGUGAGAAUGCUUGAACGGAGUAAACACUCAAUAACCCAAAUGCUUAUGCAGUAAUUAUACAGUACAUCAACUUUGAAUCUAAAGGAUACAUAUAUUUUUCUGGGGUGGGUUGGGUGGGUGGUGGAAUAGGGGGAAGGAAUUAAUUUGGUAUUUUGUACAAAGUUUUUGACAAGGCUGACUGUUAAAGCUAACUAGAUGUAGCAACGAUCCAAAGUAAUUUAACACCGAGCCACAAUUUUACUACUUGCCCAUGUUUAGCUCUGCAGACGGACGGACUGAUUCUGUUUGUGCCAGAGCUGUUGAUAGAUAUGUUUGUGUUCGUUUGAUUCUAUCUGUCCUUCCUUAGUUUAUGGCUAUGCAAACAUAACCACUACUUUCCUGUUCUCCAACAUAUCAUUCUCUGUUACAAUUGUGUUAACAUUAAAGACAAGACUAUCUGUAUGUGUUUUAUAGCCAUUGUUAAUGGAAAAUACAGAGGGAUUCCCCUUAUGAUAAAGGGAGAUGUGGAUUAGGAUCACAGGCUAGUUCAGGAUUGCAACGUUCUGCAAUGUUGCAUGUAAUGGGACGCAACAUAUCCCAACAAAGGCCUCCAACCUACUGUGUUGUGGGUAAAAUGCAGAGCCGUUUUGUGACUGGAAACGGUCAGAACUCACUGAUCCUGUCAAGAUGCUGUAAACAUAUUCAGUCUGAAGUUUGACUCAAUAAAUUGGUGUUUUUGCCUUUC